CUAGGGGGAGGGAUAAAGGGCGGGACUUCAGCAGGCGGUAGGGGGCAGGCCUAGCUGCAAGGUGGAGGAGGAGCUGUAGGCCUGCUUGGCCGCGCGGGUCGGCGGCAUGCUGGGGAUUGCGGCUUAUCUACUCUGGACCAGCUGCUGCCUGUGGACUUUUCCCUUCUUAGGCAAAUACUUUCUGCUGAAGCUGUGAGCCGUGCCAGAGGGCACCACACCUGUUGGUGUUCAGAUGGAGCAGGACACUAGCCAUCCGACUAACAGAGUUCCAGCCAGAAAGGAAGGUAAUGCUGUGCCUCUUUGUAGAGCAAAACCUUCCCCAAGCUAUAUUAAUCUUCAAGCAAGUUUCCUACCAGCUUCUUUCCUGAAUAUCCAGACAACAAAGCUGUCCUCAGGAGUUGCCCAGAAGCCCAAGGAAUGCCUAGGACUCCUAGAAUGUAUGUAUGCCAACCUCCAGCUUCAGACUCAGCUCGCCCAACAACAGAUGGCUAUCUUGGAAAAUUUGCAAGCAUCCAUGACACAACUGGCUCCUGGGAGGGAAAGCAAGAACUCUUCUCUCCCAGCCUUAUCUCAUGAUCUGUUGUUAAAUCACCUGCCCCAAUUCAGUAAAUGAAUUGUGGA